GGAGGAUUCCUGGACGUAACUCUGAAUCGCUCUCUCCUAUUCCAGAAACGUCGAGGGAGAGCAUUCCUUCCACCGAGUCACCUCUCGUGGCGAAAGGGAUACCAGCAACAGAGUUAACGUCGGCGACAUCAACCGUUCCGACAUUACAACAGGAUGCGCGUAGACCAGGCCAGUAUCGCGUAAUGCAACGACAAGAAGGCGAUAUCUUUCACACACCGACGAAAGAUUCGGCCUUUCAACAGGACCUCACGUCUCGUCAUCGCCGCCGCCGUUCUGAUCGAGAGAACCCGUCGCCUUCGUUUCGUCCACAACCAUCCCGUCAUCGUCGAUCGAAUCGCAUCCAAGCACAUUUGGAUGAAGCUACCACGGUCCUGGACUUGAUUCAUCGGGAGAAGCUGCAUCGCCCAAACGUUGAGUUGCUCGCUCAGUCCUUUCAGAGUCACAUGCUCGAAGUCAUGACAAAGCAAAAGCUGCAUUUGGAGCAGCAGACAGCAUUGUUGAAAGCGGCAGCAGCUGCCGCCGAGCAUUCUUUUCACCAGCUCGCUCAACAGCAAUUGGAAGACUUUGACCAAGAAUUGGCCGAGUUAAAAGCAAACCACGACGCUGCAAUGGCGCAACUCCGGCGACAACUCGACGAAAAGGACGCACUCCUGCGACAAUGGGACAAAGUACCCAUCCGAGUCUCUCCAAAGUGGUUGGACGCUGCGUCGUGGGCAUUACUGGCACUAGCCGUCCUAUUCGCAACGAUUCAAGCGUGCCAGUGCCUGUGGGCGUCGGUCGUGGCAAAAGAUCACGUCGUUAUGCGCCGAUAUGUCACGUCAGCCCGCGUCACCAACUCGACCUAGUCCCUCCAUGCCUUUCCAUCAUCAAUUUUAUACAAGUUUGAGCCGACGCCCGUCCACAGUUGCCACUCGUGGAAUUUGGAGUGGGUGAAAUCACUGGUGCGUCGGUUCCGUGGUAGCGACUAC